CCGAGGUGUUCCGAUCGAAGGAAAACAGAUCGUGACUUGUUUUCGUGGAAAUCAUGUCCCGGAUAACAUCAACAUUUGGAAAAGUUGAUGGACUAAGAUCAUCGGAGAAACUGCAAGGAGUCUUUUAGAGCUACUCUAUACAGUAAAGAUCCUGUGUGCCAACCAUCGUGUGUGAACUUACUCUCAAGUCUAGUGCAAUUCUACCGAAACAUUGAAUAUCACCAUAAGUUAUCGAAAGUAUGGCAGACAGUGGGAGGAUUACUAUGCCAAUAGGUGUUCAGCCACCAGAUGUUCUAGAAUGGUCACGAACUCUUCGCUCGCGAAGUCCAUCACCAACAAGAAUGAAUGGCCUGAGGUCUCGGAGUCCAUCUCCAACCAGGCUCUUAAGUGCCAGAGAUGAAAACGAAUCUGCAUCACACAAAGGAGUCUACUUGACUGACGUCCCAACCAGUGCAGGUCUACCGAAACCGUCUGUAACCAAGAUGAAGAAAUCCAAGUCUGGCUCUGCUGCUGGACUACGAAAGUCCACAGGAAGUCUAGCAGCUACAUUUAACGGGACAUCCAGCAGUGGGAAGCUGAACAAGUCUGGAUCUGGUACACAUGAACUAGGAAACAUUGAAGCAGAGUAUAUUAAAAAUCUGCAACAACAAAUCUACUUCCUGGAGCUUGAGUCAAAUUAUCUUAGGGAUCAGGCACGUAAGGCCACGGAGAUGCACCCACAGAUGACCGCUGAGGCAGAGAGGAUGCUCGUCAAAUUGAGAGCGAUGCAGGCAGAAGUAGACAAUGCCCAGUUUGAAUGUAAGAAUAAGGAUUCAUCUAUUGCUCAGUCCAUCUGUGAGAAGGAGAGACUGGAAGAACGACUGAGGGACGAAGAAGUGUCUAGACAACGAGACAAAAGACAGUUGAUGGACGAGAUCAUUACUCUGAAGAAGACAAGAGAUGCAUUGGAGCAUGACUUGUCAAACAAAGACAGCCAAGUUAGUGAAGCGCGACGUGAACUGGACAUGAGUGCAACAGCCAUAAGAAAUGCAGAGCUCAAAAUUUCCACACUUAAGACACAGUUGGACCAGAGAACAGAACAACACAAGAUGACUCAGAUUGCUUUGGACGAGAAACGCUCGGAAUUGCUGAGUUCAGAAACUCAGCUACGGGAGAUAGAGGACAAAUACUACAACAACACUGUACAGAUCCAGGACAAGAUCACUAACGAUCUUAGGGAAGAAAUAAGAAUAUUAAGACAGAAAUUGAAAGAGACCGAGAUGAAUGCAGAUCAUGACCGCUACCUGAAAAGCAAGAUGUCGGAGGACAGUACUAAUUUAGUGCGAGAGAAUGCUCUACUUAGCCAAAAGUUACAGGAAGUGGAAAGCCAGCUCCUCAGGGAGAAGGAUAUUCGUGACAGCCAAGAAAGUCGACACACUAACCAAGUUUCCGAGUUUGUACAGCUCCGUGACAAAGAAAAGGAAGCUCGGUUUGAGUUACAACACACACAGGAGCUGUUGCGCAAAGAACAGGAAAGGAACAAGUUGUACUCUGAGAAGGUGGUGAAACAAGAAGCAGUGGCCACAUCACUUGACCUCAGCGUGAAUACGUCUCGUAGUCGGAUCACAGAGCUCGAGAACUACCAGGCCGGGAUUGAACAUGAAAAUGCACAAUUACGCAAAGACAAGACACUUCUAGUGGACCAUGUUUCUGAUCUCCAACACAAGUUGGAGACAAAAGAACGUGAUAUCAACUCUCUUAAGUCCCAGAUGCACAUGAUGGAGACCAAAGUUCAGGAACUGCAUCAUCUGAAACACCUCGAGACAUCCGUCCAGACUCAGAAGUGGGAGGAGUUUGAGAAGCUAGCAGAGAGCAUGAGGAACCUUUCUCACACAAUGUCUACCACUGGGACAUCCUCCUCCCAUGUAUUGCAGUAUUAAUGGAGAUAUGUCUCAUCUUGCGCACCCCUGGGGCCUUUUGAUUUUAGUGGACUGAGCAAUUGUGCAACAACUGCAGAAGGAAAUGAUCUGACUUUUUGAGCCAAGCAGCAUCCAUACUUGGACUUAUCCAUCUGAAAAAUUUUGUCAUUUUAUAACUUCUUUUUUAUAAUAUGCUCUAACCACAAAACAGAAAUGCCCCUGUUUUACUGUAGAUAACUCACUUUUUGUUAAGACCUUUGAUAUGUAUUAGGAGUAGAAAUUUUGCUUUCAUAUGCAUUUUUUUUUUGGUUUAACAUAGAAAAACAUUAUUAUUAGUUUUGCUUAGGAAAAAUAUUUAGUCUUGAUAGUUUUGAUUUUGAUUUUUAGAUAAUCUGAAAUUUUGUCUACAAAUCUGAACAAAAAUAAAUUCAAAUUAUAUCUGAUUCUGUUAAAAAAUAUAUGAACUCUUAUUUCCAUUAUUCUGACAAUUCUAUCCUGACACCUUAUAUAAUCUGACUGUUGUUUACAGAUGUCUCCUCAUACAGGUUAAACCUGGGGAAUCUGACAUCCUGUGUAUUCCAGACAAGAACAUGUGAAUCAUAUUUAAACAGCUUUCAACGAUACGAUCAAAUUAUAUUUAAAAAGGUUUCAAAAACUAAUAGGUUUCAUGUAACUUUUCUAUAUUUAUUUUUUAAUAUUUAUUUAUUUAUUGUUUUGAAAAUAAAAAAAAUAAUGAUAAAGAUACUUAAAAAAGUACAUUGCAAUUAGGUUAGAUUAAACAUUUCAACAUUUAAAGCUGACAGAGUUGUGGGGAUAUUUUCAAACUUGUCAAAAUGUAAAAAGUAACUAAUUACAAACAUGUUGAUGUGCUAAUUUUACAGACUUUAUUAGCAUACACUAUCAACAAUAAAUAUUCUUAUGAAAUUAAAGUCCAUUUAAGAAAAGUGUAGCUUAAUAUUUAUAGUCCAUUUCAGAUAAGUUUACUACUAGUUUGAUAUAUAACAGAACAAGUUGGUUGUUAUUUGUUUAUUAUUUUGAUUUUUCUGUCUUGAUUUUGAUGUCAAGUGAAUAUUUAUGUAAAUUUUAAGAUAACUAGAGAAACAAAACAGAAAAAUGAAUCUCACGGAGAGGAUACAUAUAUCACCUAUUGUAAACUCCUUCCAAAGGAAAAACACAAACUAUGUUUUAUCAUUUCAUCAUUCACCAAUGGAAAGCUGAUUUGAUGAUUGUGAAAAAAGUGUUGAAAAGCAAUAAAUCUGUUUUCAAGUAUGCAUGCAAAAUUUAAACAUAUCUUAUGAUACAUGUGUAUGUGCAAAAUACAUUUGUACUUUUAAUUGUUAGAUAUUGAAACGAAGCUAAUGCAACUCAGGUCAUCUUCAAUGUCCAAGGGUUCCUGUAUUAGGGAUCUACGAUAUUUCCUAGUAAAUAUAUGGCCCAUUUUAUUGACAUCACUACAUAAUAUGUAAUGAAAACAAGUUCAAGUAUUAAAGCUUGUUUUCCAUUGAAUAUUAUGUGAGAAAACCUAUUUUUGUAUGGUGAAAAUCAGUAGGUUAUUAUUAUCAGUACGAUACUAUGGAGUUGGAGGAUAACAAUCAUCAGUAUCUCUUUAAUUAUAAUUAUGAGAGUGAUAACAAAACAAUAUAAGGUAUUGUUUAAUUCAUUUAUUCAACUUGAGAUUUCCUGGAAACUGGACAUAUGUACUUUACAUAAAUAUUGUAGACCCUAUGACUUUAAAUGUAGUUAUAUCUGUUAAAAUUACAAAACGGUAUAAAUAGAAUUUAUGAAGAAAUUAAAAUGAAUUUUUCAAGAUAUCUGUCCUUGUUAUCAAGUGUCUGUGAUGAUGUUGAUUUUGGGUACAAGUCUGUGAUUUAUUGUGAUAAGAUGUUCCGUUGUUUUAUUGUGAUACAACAUUCCGUUAUUUUAUUUAACACUGUUUACUGAUAUCCGUCCAAAUACCGUAGUUUACUGCAGGUAGUCAAGUGUUGCUUUUAAAUGAGAUUGAUUUUAUGUUGAAUAUAUAACACUACAUGUAUUAUAAUCCAUAUUUAUCUUAAUCUGUACUCAGUUGGCCAGAUUUAUCAAAGACUUGGUAUCAUAUUUAAUGAUACCCUAAAUAUAUCAAAAUACGAUAGAUUUUCAUGAUUCCCUAAUUUAUUUUUAUUUUUUCUUUUAUUUUGUAAAAAUCUUAUCUUAAUUGUUUGAGCAUUUUAUUUCAGUCAUAAAUUAUCAAUUUUUUUCUAUAUAAAGUUUGUAGAAAAUUUGAAAAAGAACAAGAAAAAAAAAUUGCAGAUAAAAGCAUUUUUUGAUUUUCCUAACAUGAACACUCAAUCAAAUGAUUUUUUUUUUUUUUCUAAAUUUUUAAUUUAAUUACUGAACAUAUUAGCUAUUUACUUGGUAAAUGUACAGAAAACUCUCGCUCUUAGGAAUAGAAGAACUGUUGCUAGUUUUUGCGGACCUGUUUUUAUAGGGAAAUCAAAUAUAAAUCAUUUCUUUUCGGUAUUAGGGUUUUGUUGCCUGUUUGAAAAAAAGCUGAAUUUUAAAUCUGUUUUUCAUUUUUUUUGCUCAAAUCUUGGGUGAGAAAUUUUACUAUGUUUGUUUUAAAGCUUUUAAUAACAUGCUCAUGCAAAAUGAGUAGCAAAAGAAUUAUUUUUAGAUAUUAAUUGUUCUAUGUACAUGUAAUUUGAUAUUUUAUAAAGUGUUGAAUGUAUAUUUUCAAAAGAAAAAGAAAAUUGUAUCCAAGAAGUAUUACAUGUACAUACUGUUGUUCAUAUGAAAACUAUUUGUAGUUUGAUAAAUAUCAAUUCAUUUGUAUAUUAAUUAAAGAAAUGUAGAGAAACAACUUAAAAUACUUUCAUUGGAAUUACAGAUUUGUUUUCUCAGCUUUUGAGUUUGGAUAUUUAUCAAUGAAUGUUUUCAUCUCUUAGACAUUGACAUUACAUCUACACUUGGAAUGGAAAAUUGAGUUCCAAGCAACUUAUAUAUAUCAACGAAUCUGUUUCUCAGGCUUUACAUUAUAGCAUUCUCCUCAUUGCAAAAAAAACAAGUUGCAGCAACCUAUUUUAUCAUUUAAAGAGUUAUAACACCUUUGCUCCUGUGACAUGUAUUAGAGUUAUCUCCCUUGAUAAAGAAUUACUUUACAUUUUAUCAAUAAUGUAGUUUAAUGUUAUGUUAUUCUUUUGUCCGGGAGAUUAAUAGCACAGUCAUGUAACAUAUAUCCUUAAGUUUCAGCAACAAAGACCAGAAUAGUGUGUAUAACUAUAUAUCCGCUGUAGCGUACAAAGCUACAAAAACAUGUAACUCCACCUUAAGCUACCUGUCAUAUUAAACUAUUAUAUUUACUGUUG